CGUCACUUGGUAUGCGACAGAGUCGCCUGCAGCUGCUCAGCCUGUUGGGGUAACGUGAUUGUUUUCACCCCGAAAAUGGUGAAAUCGGGGAAACUGCGAUCCGGCACAGGGUCGAAACUCAAGCGGUGGAAGAAAGGACACAGUAGCGACUCCAACCCGCAGACGAGUCGAUUCCGACAGGCAGCUAAAAGCCGCUUCUUCAGCCGACCCUCCGGAAAGAGUGACCUAACAGUUGAUGCCCUAAAGCUUCACAAUGACCUGCAGACAGGUCCGCUGGAGCUCAGUUCAGGUGGCCGUAAAGAUGCCUUUAUGGAAGAGGAGCCUGAUGAGGCGAUAUCAGACAGAACCUCGGGCACCUUCCUCAGCGGCCUGUCGGACUGUUCCAACCUGACCUUCAGGAAAGUGCAGCGCUUCUGGGAGUCUAAUUCUGCUGCUCACAAAGAGAUAUGUGCAGUACUGGCAGCCGUUACCGAGGUGAUCCGUGGUCAAGGAGGAAAAGAGACUGAAACAGAGUACUUUGCUGCUUUGAUGACCACCCUGGAGGUUGUGGAUUCAGCAGAGUCACAGGCUGCAGUAGCGUAUCUCCUCAACCUAGUCAUGAAACGGGUUCCUGCUCCAGUGCUCAUAUCAAAGUUUUCAGACACCACCAAGGCUCUGAUGGACGUCAUGUCGAAACAGGCCACAGCUGAAACUGCCUCGGCUCUGAGAUGGAUCCUGUCAUGCUUGGCCACAUUGUUGAGGAAGCAGGAUGCUUCCGUCUGGACUUACCCAUAUACUCUUCAGGUUUUCCACGGCCUGCUCAGCUUCACAGUGCACAAUAAGCCUAAGGUCCGACGAGCCGCACAGCAAGGGGUUUGCUCCAUUCUCAGAGGUAGUGAUUUCCUCUUUACAGAUAAUGCCCCAACUCAUCACCCUGCUGCAGCGACCACCGCCAAGUUCUGCAUCAAAGAAAUGGAGCAGGCAGGAGGCAGCAAAGAGGACACCACCACACUCCAUGUGCUGGGUCUUCUGAAGGAGCUGAUUGGGACUUUUCCUCUGGCAGCUGUCAAGUCCUGUUGUGAGACACUGCUGCGUGUGAUGACACUCAGUCACGUGCUGGUGACGGCGAAUGCCAUGCAGGCCUUCCACAAGCUGCUCAGUGGGAAGCCAAAUGCUUCAACCCUCUCACCAGAGCUCAACGCACAGAUCAUCACAGCUCUGUACGACUACCUGCCCAGUGAGAACGACCUGCAGCCUCUGCUGGCUUGGCUCGCUGUCAUGGAGAAAGCACAUAUUCACUUGGCAAACUUGCAGAGUUCUCUGAGUCUGGGCCACCUCCCUCGCCUCUUCUCUGCUGCCAUGUCUUGCCUGUUGUCGCCUCACGCACAGGUGGUUUCUGCCGCCACCAACACACUAAAGAACUUGUUGACUGAGUGCAUUGCCCCCUGCUUGGAUGAAGUAGGCAUCAUCAGUGCCACAGCAUCUGCAGGAAAUCCUGCUUAUAUCUGCAAAAUGUUCAAAAUCGUAGAAGAAGGAUUGUCGUAUCGCUACCAUGCCUCCUGGCCAUUCGUGCUGCAAAUUCUGGGCUGUUUCUAUCAAGUUGCAGGGAAAAAAGCUCACCCCAUCAUGACUAAGUCCCUGCAGUCUCUGGCAGACCUGCGCUCCACUCCUCAGUUCCCUUUCAGUGGAGAGUUGGACAUGGCUGUAGGAGGAGCAGUGGAAAGCAUGGGACCCGAUGUAGUGCUUGGUGCUGUGCCCCUCAACAUCACAGGCUUCAAUGAUGACUUGGAGUUCCCACGAAGCUGGCUGAUCCCAGUCAUACGGGAUCAUGUGAAGAACACACGCCUCGGUUUCUUCGCGUCUUAUUUCCUCCCUCUGGCGACGACACUUAAGCAGAGAGGUGAGGAGCUUGAACAAGCAGGACAGAAACUGGAGGCCAAAGUCUACCAGACUUUACAGCUUCAGAUUUGGACCAUGCUCCCUGGCUUCUGCACAUGUCCCGUUGACCUGCUAGCAUCCUUUAAAGGCAUUGCACGCACACUUGGUAUGGCUAUUAACGAACAGCCAGACUUAAGGCUCACAGUGUGCCAGGCUUUGCGCACUAUUAUCAACAAAAGCUGCUCCACAGAGGAAGAAAAGGUAGAAGUGGGCCGCUUCUCCAAGAACUUCUUGCCCAUCUUUUUCAACGUGUACAGCCAGCCACCUGCAGCUGGAGAGUCUGGCACCUACAGGAUGGCUGUGCUGGACACCAUCAAAGUUUAUCUCGCCGUCACUGAAACACCGAUGACCUGCACCUUCCUGCAAAAAGCCACUGACAAACUGAGCAGCACAGACACCACUGAGUUCACACGGCUGGCGAUGAUGGACCUUGUUGUCGCCAUGGCUCCCUUUGUCGACGAGGUCACCAUGACUAAAACGUUUGAGCUGAUAAGGCCAUUCUUAGAGACCAAAGAGCCGGGCAUGCAGAAGAAAGCAUAUCGUGUGCUGGAGGAGAUGUGCGGAGGAGAGAGGGAGGAGUGUCGAUCGUUUGUUAUGGCUAAUCUGGAAACACUCAAAGUCGUCCUGCUGGAGACUCUGAAAAACGCUUCUUCACCAGCAAAGCGGCCGAGACUGAAGUGUCUCAGUCACAUUGUGAAGAGACUUGGCGAAGAACACAAAGACUUUAUCGUGGCACUGCUUCCAGAGGUGAUUAUAUGCACAAAGGAAGUGUCUGUUGGAGCUCGUAAGAACGCCUACAACCUGCUGGUGGACAUGGGAAAUGCUUUUGUUCGCUUCUGUGGGAACACAAAAGAAGCCAUGGAGCAGUAUUUGGUGUUGGUGUACGUGGGACUCACCGGCUCCGUCACCAUGAUCACCUGUACAGUGUUGGCACUAACUCGAUUAGUGUUUGAGUAUAAAGACUCUAUAGAGGUGAGCACCAUGGAGCAGCUGCUGCACAACGUUUGCCUGCUGCUGUCAUCUCGUACAAGAGAGAUAGUCAAAGCCGCUUUAAGCUUCAUCAAAGUCAUCCUCUUCAUCAUGGACCCCAAGACACUGGCUUCACACGUUACUGUCAUGAUGGAGGGCAUCGGAAACAUCACUGACGACGUGAGGAGGCACUUCAGAACAAAACUGAAGAAUAUCUUCACUAAGUUCAUCAGGAAGUUUGGUUUUGAGCUGGUGAAGAGCAUGCUGCCUGCAGAACACCACAAGGUGCUCGUGAACAUUCGCAAGAUUGAGGCUCGCUCCAAGAGACGCAAGCAGGCCACAGAGCAGCCGGACGACUCUGAGAGCGAAGAGGAGUCACCUAAAGCAAAGACAGAAAGUAUUGAGGACAUUUUGGCAGAGUCGGACAGUGAUAUGUCAGAGGACGAAGGAAAGGCUAAGAAGAAAAAAGGCAAACCGCAGAAAGGCCGAGCUUGGCUCAGAGAAGGAGAGGACGAUGACCCUCUUAACUUCCUGGAUUCCAAAGUAUCACAGAGAGUGCUGGCCACCAACCCACAGCUGAAAAGGAGCAAUAAGGUCGAGCACGGCUUUAAAGUGACUUCGGAUGGACGACUGAUCAUUAAAGAUGACGAGGAGGAAGGCGGCAAAGGAAAAGAUGAAGAAGAGAUGAAAGAUAUUCUGGAAGAGGCUGGAGUCAAGAGUAAAAAGACACCGAAACGGAAAAUCCAAGACGACAACUUUGAUGACGACAUGGACAUCCAACCCAAUUUAAAAUACAAAGCCGGAGGCUCAGGAAUCCACAGACCCCUCUCUGGUCGGCCAGACAUGGGUGCUGAUUACAAGUCAAAGAAAGGAAAAGGAGAUGUGAAGAAAAAGGGAAAGCCGGAUCCUUACGCUUACAUCCCUCUGAAGAAAGACCAGCUCAAUCGCAGGAAGCGUGCCAAACUACAGGGCCAGUUUAAGGGCAUGGUGAAAGGAGCCCAGAAGGGGGCGCAGUCUGGAAGGAAAAUGCAGAAGAAGAAGAGGAAAGCUUGAGCGCAUACCCUUUAAAACUCAAUGGACUUUAAAUGUGUUGUGUGUGAUGGUGUGCUUGUAGCCCCAUUGGAGGUGUGUGUGUCUGUGUGUGUCUGACACAGUGCCACUGAAGGUGAAACCAGUUUGUUUUUAAACUGUGAUUUCUAAAGUAAAAUGAGCCCAGUGAGUCAAUGGGCUCUACCUGACAUCAAAUAAACCAGGCAACUGUAUUCCUUAACAUAUGCAUCGGUUAAAACUAAUUUCAUUAAGGCUGUGUUAUAUUGGGGCAGUAGUGUACGCCUCUGUUUUUGUGAUAUGUGGAAUUUUGCAGUAAUAACAGUGAAUUUGCAAACAAUUGCAAUUAAAACGGCAAAACUUCCCAGUUCUCUCCA